AUGUGUGACAGUUCUGACACUGAAAAUGGUAGUCAGGAAGAGAUCGAGACAGAAACUCCUAGUACGUCAACCCAAAAGUCUGGAAGCAAUGAGGAAGAAGAAAUGAGAACGUUGUUUCAUGCUGCUAUGAUUCUUCAUGGUAAAAUCAAAGAAUGUCAAAAUUUUUACCAAAGUUGGCCCCCUACACCAUCUGAAUUUACCACAACAAAUGCAGAGAAAAUGGUUCCCCCUAGUCUAUCGGUGUUCCUUUCUUGGUUACUUGGGUUUUCAUCCACAGUUAGUAUGAGAUCACACCUAAAUAUUACAGCGAAUGAAUAUUUGAAAGUUCUUUCUCUUGCCCAAGAUAUAAUUUAUGUAAGCUCAAAUGGCAGGAAACAGACUCCAAAAUCUCUAUCUUUGGGCAUGGCAGUCAGGCAAAUUACAGGAUCUUAUGCACUUACAAAGAUCCUUAAUGGUUUUGAAAAUUCUGUGUCCCAUCCAGCAGUCCUGUCCUUUGAUACAGCUCUUGCUUCCCAAUGUCUAGACAAUGAUGUUGUCAUACCAGAAGGGAUAAUUCCAACGAAAUUCACCAUGAUGGUUUGGGAUAACAUAGAUUUCCUGGAAGAAACACCAACCGGUGCUGGUUCAACACACAUGGCUAAUGGUAUUAUCAUUCAGCAAACAAGAGAUGAUGAGCAACUUCCAACACACCGCAAGACCAGUUCUACUACUAUUAAAAAGUCAUUGCGCUCAUUAAAAGCUCCUGAAAAGCAAUUAUGCACCUACAUUCUAGGAAACAAAGAAUCACCAAAACUGCACACGGCUGUGACAAACGGUGGCAUUGAAAUAAGUUUAGUGACACAUAAGCCAUCACUGGAUCCAAGUCUGAUGUUGGACUUUAUAUACACAAUCUGUAAGUACUUGUGUGAUGAACUAAAUACAUUUCUUCCUGGCUGGACAGGGUUUAACACAAUGAUUAGUGAAAAGCCUGAUAGCAUUUCAAAGGUUGGUUAUCUUCCUGUUGUUGAUGCACCAGUGACAGAUAUCUCAACAAUAUACACAAUCUUGAGGCGGAGUGCCGACAUUGCGAAUAAGUUGGAACUGCAUUAUGCAGUAUUAAUCUUUGAUGAAGCUGUAUAUGCGAAGGCACAGCAAGUACGAUGGAAAUGCGAUGAGUUUCUCACUAAGUUCAUUUUUCGCCUUGGGGAAUUUCAUGCCUGUAUGUCAAAUGCUACAGCAAUAUCAUGUCGAUUCCGUGAUGCUGGUUUGCAGGUUAGAAUUUAUAUAUGUUUUUGUAUUUUUGAAGUGUGACUAACCCCGAAUAUGAUUUUUGGUAUGGGUAAUAUUUGGAUCAUUCACAAGAAAUGUAAUGUAUCUUUAUAGUAAAAAACCUCAUCUUGAUCAACUUUUUCACUGUCAAAGUCUCUGGAUAUGAUGUCAUUUGGUGAAAUUUUGGUACAAAAAACAAAGGAAAACUAAUUUGCAAUUCACCUAAUGACAUCAUAUCCGGAAACUUUGACAGUGAAAAAGUUGAUCAAGAUUGCAAUGACCCAAAUAUCACACAUACAAAAAAUCAUAUUUGGGGUUAGUCGCACUUUAUUAAACAAUAUGUACAUGUACAAAUAGUAUGUUAACUAGGUAAAUGUUAAGAAAUGUUCUCAAUAGAAUUGUCAUUCACUAGAGACCAAUUCUUCCUAAUAUGAUAUCAAGUGAACACACUCCCUAUGUCCAAUGUGGUAUAGUAAAUAUAGUAAAUGAGUUUAUAGAAUUGUCAGUGAUUUGUUCCUCCUUUUAAACCCGAUUUGCAGGACAUUCUAGUUGAAUCCGAAACUGUUGCUCAAGGAUCUCUGAAUGGAGUCUUCAGUGGUAAGCACUACAACCGCUGCAUACGGGCUCACAAGUUGGUGUUUGAAGCCAUGGAAAGGCUACGUUUUGAAGCUUUUCUUGAUACUCAAUCAACAGAGCAAAAGGGAGAAAUCAUUGGCCUAGCUAAGGAGAUACAUGGCAACUUGGACAAAGAGAGCAUCGAAAGUUAUGGAGAGAAUGCUACCCUAAAUGACAUAGCAAAAAGAUAA